AUGCAUACGAGAAUGCGUUCACCUGUAAGCGUCAAAGUAAGAGUUGGAGUAGCGCUGUGGAGGCUAGCAACGGGGGACAGCUUCAAAAGCUACGGACUGCAAUUUGGACCUGGGAUGUCCACCGCUAGUACUAUCUAUGCCGAAUUCGAACGUUCUCUUCUACAACUUAAAGACCAGUUUAUAAUUAAUAAGUUUCCAAUAACAAAAUAAGAGUUAGAGGAACUGAUGGAUGAGUUUGAAGAGUAAUACAGGAUUCCGCAAAUUGUUGGCGCUAUAGAAGGUCGUUACAUCGAAAUAAAUGCUCCUCCAGAUAACCACGAGGACUAUUUCAAUACAAAAAAUUUUCAACAAAUUUAUUCGUGUUAGCUUCGGGUAUCUUGGAAGCAUACACGAUGCCAGGGUGUUAAGAUUAAGUGGCCUUUUUCAUUUAAGAGAAACGAACAACUUUAACAUCACCAAAGAAAGUUGUCAGUGGAACAGAAAUUCACCCUCUUAUUAUAGGAGACAGCGCGUAUCCACUGUUGAAAUGGCUUGUCAAACCUUAUCCUAGUAGAGGGCAUCUUACACCAGAUGAACGUGAAUUUAACGAAAAGCUUAGUGCUGCAAGAUCUGUUGUUGAAAGGGUAUUUGGUAUGCUCAAGGGACGCUGGCGGUUACUAUUAAAGGAAGUUGAGCAGCAAACCAGAACACUCAGUAAACUGUUCUUACUGCAUGUGUUUCACAAAACAUUUGUGUCCAUCACAGCGACUUGUACGAUUUCAGCGAUAGCGAUUCAGAUGACAGUGAUUCUGACAACGAUUAUGAAGGACCAUUGCGCGAGGGCGGCACAGAAGUAA